AUGGGCCAUGCGAAUCAUCUGCAGACACAGUGUCUGCUAACGGUCUCCUCUAUUCUUUCCAUCUCCAUUCUCGUCGUCUCGAUCCUCAACUUUAAUACACGCUCUUUUAUUUUGAAUGCCAUCGGCACAAACCUAGCACUUGCCAAUCAGGCCUUCGUCACACUGAAGCAAAUACGCAGUGUCGAUAAGCUACGGUAUCAGGGAUACAGGCCAGCGCCAUCGCUCAUCACCAUCGCCACCUCUGCACUCGUUUCAACAAUAUGGAUCAUCGCGCUCUACUGCUCCGUCCAACUGGCUGUCCAGGACCCCCAACCGUUUGCUGAGGUCACCAACCCACCCAAUCUUUCAACAAUACAAGGGAGAGAUGAUACAGACGACACCCCACAGGGCAUUUUCGUUUGGAGGAAGGAUCGUCAAGUUGGGAUUUCUUCGCUGAUUGGCGCUGAGCUUCUCGUGAUGGGAAUGUACAUCUGUUUAAGCUUUAUACAACGGCGACGCGUCGUAUCCGAUUCCCUCUCAAAGCAAAUUGGAAAUAUGCGUAGUGAAACGGGUAAAGGGGGAAACGUUUUUGACAUCAAAUUCCCAGCGGUUGAAAAUGGUGAUGCAGAUUGCGUAAAGGAAGACUUGGACUACUGCGAUGAGGAAAAGGGUGCAGUUCAGGAAGUCUCGAAAGAAAACAGUCGCUCCUUCUUGCGACCUGCAAGACGCACUAUACAGCUCUUAACACCGGCCAUAUUGAAAUCCCGUCCAGAGUCGUCUUGGGAUUUUGUUACGCCUAAAUAG